UAGCUACUUAGCUAACGUAAGUUAGCGUAAAUGCUAAAAAGAAAGUUGUAACAUUAGACCUUGGUUUGGUGUAGGUUGGGUCAUUCAUUAGUCAGAUAGUUAAAUGAAUAUUUAACUGUUAACUGUGUUUUGUGGAAAAUCAAUAUAACGUUAACGUUAGCCUGUUUGCUGUAGGAGUGAAACUAAACUUUUGAGUGUAGAGCUGCAACGAUUAAUCAAUUAGUUCUCAACCAAUAAAUUAAUCGCCAGGUAUUUUGAUAAUCAAUUAAUCAGUUCCAGUGACAUUUUAAAGAGAAAAUAAAGUCUAAAUUCUGAUUUCAGCUUCUGAAAUGUGAAUAAUCUCAAGUUUCUCUAACGUUAGUCCUCAGUGACCGUAAACUGAAUGUCUCUGGGAUGCAGAAAAAACAAGACAUUUGAGGAGGACAAAUUGGUCUUUGGGAAACACUGAUGACAUUUUUCAACAUUUUCUGACAAUUUAUAACUUUAGACCAAAAAAAAAAGAUUAAUUGAGAAAAUAAUCGAGCACAUUGUUUGACAACAAAUAUUAGUUGCAGCCUUUCUUGUGUGAUGAAUAAAUCGAUUUUUCCAUGUUAAACAUUUAGUUACUCUAACUUUAUGAAAACCAAAAAAGAAAUGUAAACAGCCCAUUCAGUACCUAACCUUAAAUUAAGCCUUUAAACAGCCAGAAAACACAAGACAAAACUAGUUAUCUAUUUAUGUGAAAUGGAUAAAGGCUGUCAUCAAGUGACUAUUAUUUAUCACUUAACCCCUUGAGCUAGGGCUGCAACUAACUAACUAAGAAACCAGAAGUAAUUCACAUUUAAGAAUCUGAAAUCAGAGAAUUUGUACUACUUUAUUUCUUUAAAAGAUUACUUCACCUUGUGGUUCAUACCAAGUAGUUAAACUACUGCGACACAGUAUUACUUUAUGAAUGACACUUAAAAUUGUUACAUUUUAAAUCUUCAUAAGUAGACUGCUAUGUUAAAAAUCAAUUGAUCUGCUGAUUGUUUUCAAUUAAUUAUUGAUCCUUUUGUCCUCAAAACCAGAGCCCAAGGUGUUGCUGUCAUGAUGUUUUUAAAGAGGUCAUACUAGGCUCAUUUUCAUGUUCAAAAUCUUACUUAGGGAUUGCACCAGAACAGGUUUACAUGGUUUCAUUUAAAAAAAAAAAACACCAUGGAGUGAUACAUUUUAACUCUACAAGAUCUUUGUUGGGAGUUCCUAGUUAAGGACUACUAGCCAAUGAGAAACAGAGUAGGGUGGGACGUGAGAAGCCGGUAAACACUGCUUCGUUUCAGCUGUUUAUGUUCCCCUUAGCAACAUGGACCAGAGCAAGAGUUGUGAGACAUUAAUUUGUUUUCAGGGAUGAAAGGGAAACGGCUGGACUAGAAACCAGCUGUUUUCAGGCUGUUCAGAGCAGUGUUUUCUGUAGGAGAUGGGAACUCCCUUUGGGGUGGACUUUAAGCUUUUUGACUUUGCAAACCUAUUACAUGGACAAAAAAGAACUCACUAAAGAAGAGGAAAAAAGGAAAAAAGCAUAUAUGACCUCUUUAAAGUGCUUGUGCCAAAAUGUACAGUGAUAUAUUGAACAUAAAAAAAGCAGCAAAUCCUCAUAGAAGUUGGAACCAGAGAUGUUGGUAUUUUAGCUUCAUAAAGUACAAAACGAUUAAAUGAUUAUCAUACUAUGUAGAAUAAUUGUUGGAGUUUCAUUUUCUGGCAGCUGACUACUUAUUUAAUCCACUAAUCGUUUCAGCUCUAAAGUAUUUUCAGUUAAAAAAAAAAAAUCUCAUUGUUCGUCUUCUUCUUUAAAUUGUCAAAAUAUUUUUGUUCUGUUCCCUCUCCUCAUUCACUCUCUGACUCGCUCGACCACCAUUGCUGUUUCUCUCGCUCUGUGAGCCAGGGGGGAGGGCCCAACUUGGUGUGGUUUAGGGCUGCACAAUUAAUCGAAAUCAGAAAUUGGAAUAUGGCCUACUGCAAUUUUAAAAUCGCAGGAAGUGCAGUAUUUGUUAAAUGCAAAGUGCGUGUCAUAAUACCAUUUUAAAUGUAAUAUUGUCGUGUUGCAGAGUUGUACACUUCAUAUUCUACAGUCUUAAGAAAACGUCUUUGUUUGGUACGGAUCCCAGCAAAAAUAACAUCAUAAACAUGUAAAUAAGUUUAUCAAUGAAAAUGAGAAUAAUUAUGUAAAAAUUAUCAUUCCCUCCAAUAUUGCAAAUCAUAUCGCAAAUGCAAUAUCAGUCAAAAUAAUCGCAAUUAGAUAUUUUUUAAAAAUCUUUAGGCUGUAGUGUGUUUACAAACAGGAGAUGCUGAUGUUCUCCCUUUAACAGAUGUUUCUUCCCUGCAGAAUGGAGAAUUCAGAGGCCAGUCCAUCAUCGGGGCCCCUGGCAAUGCCGAAUAAAGGCAUGGCGCGACCUUCAGCCCCCUCUGGUCAGCUGUCCGAGUCAGCCAGGCCCUCCAAGCACAGGGAGCACCCGUCCAAGUCACCACGGAGACGACGGAGGGGGAUGAGAUCACAGCGGCGGGGGGGUGGUCAUGAACAGCUGCUCUGGGAGAUCGAGCGGCAGAGGUUGCCGGGACAACACGAGCACUCGGAGCCUUCUGGCUCAGCAAGCGACACAGCGGAAAGCUCGCCUAAGAGGAGAGCCCACUUUCUACAUGGACCGUAUCCAGCCACUCACUUCGGACCCAAAGCCUGUAUUCUUCCCAACCCAACUUCAGUCAUGCACAUCCAGGACCCAGCCAGCCAGCGGCUUACCUGGAAUAAACCUCCCGUCAAUGUGCUCAUCAUAAGGAAAAUCAGAGAUGAGAGCCUCGUCGAGCCUUUCAAAGAGCUCUGCAGGUUUCUAGUGGAGGAGAAGCAGAUGAUGGUGUACGUGGAACGCAGGGUAGCAGAUGAUGCUACGCUGUCAAAGGACGAGGCGUUCGGCUCCAUCCGCAAUCAGCUCUGCACCUUCAGAGAGGGUUAUGAUGAUAUCUCUGACUGCAUAGACCUGAUCAUCUGUCUGGGGGGAGAUGGGACUCUGCUCUACGCCUCCUCUCUCUUCCAGGGGAGCGUCCCCCCGGUAAUGGCAUUUCACCUCGGUUCUCUGGGUUUCCUGACGCCCUUCAAAUUUGAGUCAUACAAGACUGAAGUGGCCAAAGUGUUUGAAGGCAAUGCAGCCAUCACUCUGCGCAGUCGUCUGAAGGUGAAGGUGGUGAAGGACAUGCUUCAGAGAGCAGGCCAGCAGCCGUAUAGCCGGGAGCCGCAGCAGGAACACAACGGGCUACUUCCUCAUGGACACACAAACAGCGAGGCCGGCAAGGUCACCCUGCAGCUACAGGUGUUGAAUGAGGUGGUGGUGGACCGAGGCCCGUCCUCCUACCUGUCCAAUGUGGACUUGUAUCUCGAUGGGCGACUCAUCACCUCGGUGCAGGGAGACGGUGUGAUUGUGUCCACACCUACAGGCAGCACAGCAUAUGCAGCUGCAGCCGGAGCCUCCAUGAUCCACCCUAAUGUACCCGCCAUCAUGGUCACCCCCAUCUGCCCACACUCACUCUCCUUCAGGCCUAUCGUUGUCCCUGCUGGGGUGGAGCUCAUGAUCACCUUGUCCCCUGAUGCCAGGAACACCGCCUGGGUGUCGUUUGAUGGCAGGAAGAGACAGGAGAUCCAAUAUGGAGACUGUAUCAAGAUCACUACGUCUUGCUACCCAGUGCCCUCCAUCUGUUGCCAUGACCUGGUGUACGACUGGUUUGAAAGCCUGGCUCAGUGUUUGCACUGGAACGUGCGCAAGAGGCAGGAGCGGCUGGCGGACAUCUCGGACUCGUCAGACACAGAAAACUGAAUCAGCGGAUGCUCUUACUGGCCUACAUUGAAGUCACCCAGUCGACCUGAGAGUGAAUGAAGUCGCCCUGCAAACAUUUUCAGGACAGAAACACUGCACUGUGAAAGCAAGAGCACGUGUGUCUACAGCCAGAUUAGUGUCACGUAGUCCUAUGAAUAGCACUUACAACGAGCAUACUGUGUAUACAGUGUUUUAUACAAGAGUCACACAUGCGCGUAGCAUCUCAUUACAUUCCAGUUCCUACACAAUUUAAAGCGAGAGAGCAUGUUUCUCACCUAGAAAUGGUAAAAUAAAAAACUCUUGCAGCCACUUAUAUGAUUACAGUAUAUUAAUAUUCUGAAUGAAUACUGUUUUUAUCACCACCGUGAUGAUCUGUGUGUGAGAUGUAGGUGUUACUGACAUAAACUCAGUAGGAUUAUAGAUAGAAAAACACUGAUACAUUGAGAAAAGGACUGUAAAUGUGUACAUACAGGAUUUGGAAAUAUAUUUAUUUUAUGUCCUAUUAAUGUGAUAUUUAUGUAUUUUCAAGAUGUGCUUUAAGACUUAAAACUGAAUUUCUGUUAUUGAGUCAGCCAAAAACUGUUGCAUGUGAUAGUUACUAUAAAGAGUUCAGUUUCGUUUCUGCCCUUGUUAAAUUAAGUUUUAGAACAAAACAAAAUGGAACGAGUUGGAGGAGUUUCCACCAGUCACGCUGUUUUCAUGGUCAAUUAACUGUCGAAGUGAAAUAAAAUAAAAGUCUGUAGUAGAAAGGAGUAGAAUUUAAAAAAAUUAAACGCUUGCUAACUUUCUGUGUGA